AUGGAGGCAAAAGGCAGAAACAUGCCCCCAGAUAUUAGUUUCCUUCCCCGCCCAGCGAUGGUGUGGUGCGAGCGGGGCAUUCAGGUGCUGCUGACCACCAUGGGGGCGUUCGCGGCCUUUGCCCUGAUGACGGUGGCUAUUGGUACAGACUACUGGCUGUACGCCCGGGCCUUCAUCUGCAACAGCACGGCCAACUCGUCCCAGGAGGACUCCAACAACAAGGACAAGAAAGACCCCGGGGCGCUCACCCACUCCGGCCUCUGGAGGAUCUGCUGCCUGGAAGGCUUGAAGCGAGGUGUGUGUUCCCAGAUCAAUCAUUUCCCAGAGGACGCAGAUUACGACCAAGAUGCUGCAGAGUAUUUGCUGCGUGUGGUGCGAGCCUCCAGCAUCUUCCCAAUCCUCAGUGCCAUACUGCUCCUGCUGGGUGGCGUGUGUGUUGCUUCUAGCAGCUUCUACAAGAGCAAAAGGAACAUUAUACUAGGUGGAGGAAUUCUCUUCGUAGCUGCAGGCCUCAGCAAUAUCAUCGGAGUGAUCGUGUACAUCUCAGCAGCACUGAGUGACAUUUCCCCCAAGAAGGACGAGGACAAGAAGUGGCACUACUCUUACGGCUGGUCCUUCUACUUCGGCGGCCUGUCCUUCAUCCUGGCCGAGAUGGUAGGUGUCCUCGCCGUCAACAUCUACAUUGAGAAGAACAAGGAGCUGCGCUGCCGCUCCCGCACCGACCUCUUUAAGAGCACCACGCACGCCAUGCUAAGGCUGCCCAGCUACCGCUUCAGGCGGCGCUCUCGCUCCAGCUCUCGCUCCACUGACCCGCCACACUCGCAGGAGACCUCGCCCAUCGGCACCUCCAAAACCUUCAGCCUGCCGCCCUCUGCCCCGCCAUUCUCUGUGGCCACCCUGCCCAACCCGCACCACACCAGCGGCGGUGGAAGCGGCGGAGGCGGCGACAUCUCUAUGUACACCCUGUCAAGGGACUCCAAGCUGGGCAGUCUCGGAGGCGGCGCCCCACCUCUCUACGGCACGGUGGACCGUGCCACGCUCUACCAGCUCCACAACUACUUUCCGAAAGAUUCCAGCGGAGGCGGUGGAGGAGGAGGAGCCGUGAUAAGCAGCGGUACUCUCCCAUCUCACUCCAAGUCCAACUUGGCAGCAGCGGCAGCUGUAGCCCAGAACGCAGCACCGCUGAAUAGCUCCACGUCAGCCGCCACACCGGCCCAGCCGGCCCAGAUAUCCACAGCCACCAUGGAGAGGGACAGGGGCAACGUUGGAACCCUGGACCGCCUGACAGCCAAAAGGGACAGGGAUAGCAACUCAGAUACACUUAACAGGAAAACUACGCCAGUUUAA